AUGAAUUCGCAAACAGAACAGAAAGUUGAUUCUUCUCAACUAGCCCGUCGUCGAAAAAUAUUUGGCACGUGCAAGGGUUGUUCUCAACCAAACACAAAUUUUAAUGAAUGCGAUGCGUGCGAAGCUUGGGUGAAACAACAACAAACAAAACUAUUGGAGUUACAAAACGAAAUAAAUGAUCGUAAGAAUCGUAUAAAUCAGCAAACUUGUAAUAAUUGUGAUCAGCCAAAACAUGUUCACCAUCACAUUGCUGCUUGUGGUGAAUGCGGUUAUCCAGAAAUGAAGAUUGAAGAUUUGUAUGAAUUUGCUAUCUGUUUUCUGCAGUGUCCAGAUUAUACUGAAGUGGUUGAAAGAAUAAGAUUGGAAUUGAAUGAAAUGAAAUACGAUGACCCUGAUUAUCGAAAGUUAGUAGACAUUAAGGAGCGCUACGAUAACCUCGUUCAACAACAACAGGAUGAGGAAGAUCAGUGGGUUACAGACGAAGAUGACGACGAAAAUGGUGAUUAUAAUGAAAUAUAUUAUGGAAAAUCAUUUGUAGAAAUGAGUCCAAAUGUUGAUCGAAAUAUUAAAAUGUCGCAAAUUGGUUUAAAUUCUUUGUUACGUUCUUCUGCCAUGAAAUCAAUUAACUAA